AUCUUUCCCGCCAUGUUGAUGUGCGCAUGUUGCGAAGAAACUGGCAGAGACAAUCACCAGGCUUUAUUUUGUGAUCCGCAGUUCCCUUAUGAGGACGUGGUUUCUGCCAGAAAAAACGAUCCGGCACACAGCAUUCAGGUCAAAGUGAAAUAUCAACCAGGAAAUCUCGGUGUUGACCUUGAUGCCAUUGACAUCAACCGCGGCCUUGUGGUCAAGGCUGUUCUGCCUGAUGGCCAACUAGCAGAGUGGAACAAAAUCAAUCCAGACUCCGCCAUCCGGCCAUAUGACAAGAUCUUUAAGGUCAACGGGAAGGUCGGUACAGUUCAAGAACUCGAGUCUUUCAUCGUGUCUUCAAGUCCUGAUUUGCACCUGGAAUUUCGACGUCCCCAACGCUUCGAAGCAAAGUUGCGGCGGCCCGGGAGUUUGGGAGUCAGGUUGCACUACAAGAAGUCAUCCAUGGGCGUGUUGGUCAGUGAGGUGCUGGAAGAUGGACUGGCAACUGUUUGGAACAUCAACAACCCCACGCGAGUCAUUGCUGCUGGUGACCGAAUCCUCGAGGUAAAUGGUGAAGCGCUUUCACCAGAGGAGAUGGUUGAAAAGCUCUCAUUGGAGGAAGAAGUAUCAUUGCUUGUUCUGCACUACAAUCAGGAUCCGAUUCCAAUCCGAGGUAUUUAGUUUCACCGCCGCUGUACAGUACAGCAACCACGACAUCCAAUACGGAUAUUAAUGUCACUUCAGAACCCUUGAGGGUCCUAAGUGGCAGUAUUUGAAGUCGACUGGGCAAGCAUUGCCACCAGAGAGUGGCUGAGCUUUGAACAGAUAUGUUUUUGCCAAGUUCUCAAACUCCACUGCCUGUUGUUUUGGACAGUCUGCGACGGGAAUUGAACAUGGCAAAGUCAGUUGCGUUCCUUGAGAGAUUUGAAGUCCUUGAAAGCAUAAUGACCGAAGUGUCGUUCUGCUCGUUCUGACACCAGGACGGCUAUCGGGGACGGAGCAGACACAAGAAAUGAUGUAAACCGGUUUGGACAUUUUUUUGCACCUCUCGAAGAGAGGGCAAUCUUUCAC